AUGAUGUGGCGACUCCUCUUGCUGCUGGUGACUGUAGGUGCCUACAGCGCCCCCGCCCCCCUAACGUCCAGCCUGCACGGCACCGCGCCAGCCUCCACGCGGGUCAUCCAUAACUCCGGCAAGGUGGGCACCGACGACAACGGCCAGCUAGUGGGCCCCAGCAGCCCCGCGACAAUCACUCCGCGCCAACCCCUGCAGCAGGCCGCCGCCAGCCCCGCCCCGCCCCUACAACAACCAUUCACCGCCGACGACGGUGCCGACGACCAAGUGUUGGUCCUUCCCGCGCCUCCAGCGGCCACCUCUCCGGUGUACGGGUAUCCCACCCCGCCCCAGCCCCUGCAGCACGCCGCCCAGGCCAGCCCCGCCCCGCACCAGCAGCAGCAGCCACUGUUCAUCGCCACUAACGCUGGUAGCGAUGGCGUGGGUGAGGACGAGGGUGUCGCCCAAAAGUUAAUCUCUGACGGUUUGGUCUUCGUGCAGGAGCAGGAGGAACUGCAGCACCACAGACAACAGUUGAACACACAGCCACAGUCACAGCCGCAACACCUGCAGCAGCAGGGAUAUGAGCAGGGGCAGGAGCAGGAGCGACAACAGUUAGUGCAGGAGAUCCAGCAACUGUUGAAGCAACGCGAUUACCUCCGGCGGCAGCAGCAACAGGCCCAACAGCUGCAGCAAGAGCGGCAGAAAGCCCGCACCUUGCCGGUCGUGCAGCCGCUCUCGGUGGUGGCUGAGGCCGUGCAGGAAGGUGACAGAGGCGACAACACCGUGGUGGUGGCGCAGAUCACGGAGGACGGCGGCAGAGCCAGCUACCAGGCCCCCGCCGCUCCUCAGUAUCCUGCGUUCACGAUAGAAUCCGCAUUGGACCUGUCGCCGGCGGUGCAGCUGAAUCGCAAGGAGAUCAGCACCUCGUCGUUCGGCAAUGCGCUGUCCACCAUCCUGGCCAGCCUCACCAACGGCGCCAUCACGUCCCUAGACGAGGUGAACCUGCCCGGCCCUGACCUCAGCAGCGCGCGCCGCGUCAACUUCUUCACCGCCACGGCGCCCGCAACCGCCCCGAAGCCGCGCCAGAAGCCUAAGGCCCCCGCCAAUAAACCCAUCCUGCUGCCGCAACGUGAGCAAACCCUCACCUUCUUCGCCGUGCCGCCCACCGUCAAGGACAGCCUCCCCGCCAAGCAGCAGCCCACCGAGGCACCGCAGCCCUACCGCGCCGCACCGGGCACCGCUGCGCCACAAGGCUUCGGUGAGUCACAAGGCUUCCCUGAGCCACAGCAAAGCUUCUUUGAGUCACAACAAGGCUUUGAUGAGCCACAACAAGGCUUUGUUGAGUCACAAGGCUUUGAUGAGCCACAACAAGGCUUCGUUGAGUCACAAGGCUUCGGAGACCCACAAGGCUUCGUUGAGUUACAAGGCUUCGUUGAGCCACAACAAGGCUUCAUUGAGUCACAAGGCUUCGGUGAGCCACAACAAGGCUUCAUUGAGUCACAAGGCUUCGGUGAGCCACAACAAGGCUUCGUUGAGUCACAACAAGGCUUUGGUGAGCCACAACAAAGCUUUGUUGAAUCACAAGGCUUCGGUGAGCCACAAGGCUUCACUGAGUCACAACAAGGCUUUGGUGAGCCACAACAAGGCUUUGUUGAAUCACAAGGCUUCACUGAGUCACAACAAGGCUUUGAAGAGCCACAAUCAACCCUCUUUCUCGCCUCUCCGCCGAACUUAAGUGCCCCCAAACAAAGUUUCUCCGCUGCCCCCCAACACACCUUCAGCAGCCCUGCCCCAGUAAGUCUCUCGUUUGGUAACCUACAAAGCCCGCAGGCCACUCUCGGGGAAGAGCAGGAGCCUCAGGACAGUCCCCAGCACAGGCUACAGGCCACACUCCAGGAAAACCUGCGGGGCAACCUGCAUGCCCUGCCCCAGGAGGCUCCCCAGCAAGGUCUGCAGUCUGGCCCUGAUGAGGCCUCUCAGCAGGGCCAGCAGCUCCCACUCUUCUUUGGGGGCAACCUAGACCAAGGCUUUCGUAGUGACGUGCCCCGGCUUCCCCUGGAGGAGGGGCAAGGGGCAGGGGCAGGGACGAGUUCUGCAUCCUUCAACUUUGGCUCCGUGGAUCAGGUCAUCACACAGGAACAGCAGACUCCUCCUGAGCCCUCUCUCACCUUCAAGGGUGAGGUGGGGCUGGGGGGCGUGGGGUCCUCCGGCGGGGGUGCGGGGCUUGGAUCUGUUGGACCCUCUGAUGGGGGUGUGCGUCUCGGGGAAAGCGGUCUGGGCCUGAGUCUGGGUGCCCCUGCAGUGGAUCUAAGCAGCUUUGGCUCCUCUGUGGUGGAUCUUGGUGGAGGUGGAUCAUCUGGAGUGGGUCUGGGAUCAGUUGGAUCGUCUGGAGUGAGUCUGGCGGAGAUCAGUUCCCCAGGGGUGGGUUUGGGUUCCAGUGGAUCGUCUGGAGUGAGUCUGGGGUCAAUCAGUUCCCCUGGGGUGGGCCUGGGAACUGUCGGGGCCUCUGUUGUGUCGCAGGGGGAUGCCUCUUCCUUUGGUGUGGGUGUUGGGCAGGGUACAUCCUUCGGCGGGGCGGUGGCGCAGACACUAGGCGGGGGAGGCAAUGCAGGAGUGGGUGCCCCUUCCCUUACAGUCCUGAGUGACCAACCCCAGGGCUUUGAAGGAGUUCGGGGCGGCGCUAGCUCCACCCCAAGUCAAUCUGGGGGGGUAUUUUUCUCUCUCGGGGGAGUACAAAUCAGGGGGAACUCUGUCGGGGGAACACCAAGUGGCGGUUCUCAAAGUUUUGGCGUCCCAUUAUCCGCUGCAAGAGCCCAGAUUUCAGACCCCAGUUUUUCUCCGUCACAGGGGGGCUUUCUGGGCCUCUCCUUAGGGAAUCAGGGGUCUCAGGGCCAGGCUGGGGCAUCCUUAGGGGCUAGUGGGGGUACUGGGGGGUCGCAAGGGUUCGGAGUGCCACUGUUUGGGUAAAUUUAUUCACGCGAGUCAUGUCAUCAACGCUUCACCUAUUCCUCACCCAGACUAUUUUUCCUCCUGUAGUAAUGUUUGUUUUAUUUAUUCUCUCUCUCUCUCUCUCUCUCUCUCUCUCUCUGGUUUUCCGUUCACUCAUUUCUCCUUCCCUGACAUCCCUCCACUCCCCCUUUUCCUUCAGUCAUGUUUCCCCAGUCAUCCCAGCAUUACUUAUCACCCUUUUAGCUCUCCCUCUCUCCUCCUAUUCCCCAUUUACUGCCUAUCUCCUUCCCUCACACCCUUUCCUCUUGAUAUUUUUUCCCUUCAUUAUUUCUGCCUUCCCUAAUCCACUUUUUUCUCAUGUUCGUGAUGUCUUCCACUUCACUCAUUCCCCCACUUCUGUAUGUAAGUCUUCCCACCCCUUAUAGACCCAUCCCCUUCAUUACAUGCCUCCCUGUCACCCUUCCUCCUCAAGGGGUUCAACUUUCUCAGGUAUUCCUUCCCCACCUCUUCAUUGGUCCCUCCUUCCUCUCCCUCCUGACACCAAUCGGAAGUACAUAGGUAGCACAGCGGAAAGAGUCCCCUUCUUCCCCUCCCUCCUCCCACCAAUCCCAAAAAACAUAGGUAGCAAAGCAGGAAAAAAAAGACUCUCCACCAUCCUAUCAUAGCCGCCUCAUUCCCCUUCCUCCUCCUAACAAUCGCAAAAACAUAGAUAGCAUAGCAGGAAAGACUCCCCACAUUCCUCAGCAUUAGUUUUCCUCAUUCUCCUACUCCUACUCUAUAUCUCCUCCUCAGCAUUAUUGUUCUAACUUGAGAGGGUUCGCUGGAUGCUGUUUGUGUGAACCUUCUCCAUUAUAGCCUGUUUUGCAAUCUCUCUUCAUUGAUGUUUUUGUCUCGUAUCUCCUUUUACACAAACUACAUUCUCAUCGGUCUCCCUUUCUUCCUCCUCCUCUUCAACACUCCACAUAGAGACCAGUUACACCCUUACUACACCCCCAAGGCUUCACCCAAUCCUAUCCACCCUUCCUGGCAUCACCUAGGCAGAGGGGCUUUCCAACACCUGGCUAAGGGGAAAGGUCACACAGCCUUAUUAGUUACAGGUGUGCUAAGAUUUCGUCCAGGGAAGAGCUAGAACACCUGGAUAUUAGUUCAGGUGUUGUGGUCUAUACCCUUGAAGAAAAGAAAGCUGGGAGGAGGAGGAGGAGGAGAAGGAGGAGGAGGAAGAAGAGGUAAAGUCCCUAUCUAUCCCUACGAUCAGCAUCACAAAGCCCAACUGUGGCGCCAGUGUACAUAAGUGUGUGUGUGUGUGUGUGUGUGUGUGUGUGUUCAUCUAAUCAUUAUUACUACUGUAUACUAUAGUCUUAUUUUAUUAUACUCCUGUCAUAAAUUAAUAAUAAAAGUGUAUAUUUAAAGUCUCUCAAAGUGUGUGUGUU